AUGUCCGUUCACUACCAGACCGCCGGCUACUCCAUGCCCAUCAGUGUCCCCGGCAAGGGCAACGCGUACCCUUCCUACAGCCAGUACUCCAUGUCGCCCCCGGAGUGCGACGACGCCGCCUCCUCCGUCUCCGGCGCCCACUCCUACUCCCACGCCGGCCUCUCCAGCGCCAGCGCCAGCAGCGCCGCCGCCAGCUACUACCUCCCCGGCAGCGCCGUCCCCAGCAGCACCGGCGCCGACUUUGACAGCGCCGGCUCCGCCAGCGGCAUCGACUUCCAGGACUACAUGCAGGACCGCCUCUCCCACUCCUUCAACCCCAUCCCCCUCGACCGCAGCACGGCGGUCCAAGCGCAGAGCUCGGGCAAGCUCAAUGCCAAGCAUCGUGAGCUGAUGGACCUGCAGAGGCAGGCCCAGGCUCGUCUCGCCCGCACUCGCGAGCGCUUCCAGGAGGGAAUGCGCGACGCGCGGGAAGUUCGCGGCGAUCUCGAGUGGACGCAAAAGAAAGUCUCCUCCCUCAACGCCAAAGCUUCACGCAUGCAUCCCAAAGAAUACGCCAAGGCUCGCGCCAGGUUUCCAUCUCCGGAAUGCUAG